AUGCUAGAAUCGAUCGGUGCUUCAAUUGAACAUGUUCGAUCGAUAUUAUCAUCAAAAUCAUCAAAGAAUGAAUGUUCCUUUAAAUUAAAUAAUAUUAAUACUGAUGCAUUAAAAGAUUUAAUUUGUUUAUUAAGUGAAUUUAACAAUGUAUCUAUAUUAGUUCACACAGGAACUCGUCCGUCUUUACAUUUGGCUUAUAUUUGUGUUAAUAAACUUGAACAUCAUCUACAUGGAACUGAUGUUGAUAAAGAAGGUGAAAUGAUUUGUAUCGAUGAUCGUCAUGAAGGUACCGAUUUCUUUCGAAAACGUCUUAUUCAAUUAUUAAAAUCUAAGGUUACAUUCGAUGAAAAACAUCUUGCAGCAGCUGUUCUUCAUCCUCUUUACAGAAAAUUAUCAUUCACCACCAAGAUUACAUCAACAGCAUUUCACAACAAAUUCCUAACCUUUAAAGAAAAACAUAAGUCUAUGGAAGAUCAGUUUGCCGAUCUUGAUGAUAAUAAUAGUUGUGAAGGUAAUUCAACACCAACAACAACAAUUAACAAUGAUGAGCUUGAAAAAUAUUUACGAAUGAAUAUCGACAAUGUUUAUAAACAGCCAAAUCCACGACCAUUUUGGCGUGAUCAUGAAAAUAAAUUCCCUGGUUUAGCUUUACUUGCUCGUCGUCUGUUCUCUAUUCCGGUAAUAUCAGCCGGAGUAGAGCAACAAUUCUCUUCUGCUGGUUUAACAAUCAGUGAACGUCGUUCCUCGCUUGAUCCAGAUACUGUAAACGACAUUCUUUUCGUCAGAUCUGUACAAACUCUGCUUGAAUCGAAACCAGACUAUUUUUCUAAAUAA